GUUAACUUCACUGUUGAGUUGUUUACGCAGGGAGGAAGGCGCGCUAGAGCGUAAUGGCCACUAAGCAAUCGCCGAAAGGAGAGGAGCAGAAGAAGGUGCCGGUAACUGCCCCUGUAGUGAAUACAGAGAAGGAGCCUUUAAAGGUAGAAAAAGAUUGCAAAAAGGAGGAUAAGUCUCCUUCUAAAGGAGGAAAAGAAUCCCAGAAGGAUGCAAAAGACCCCAAAAAAGCUGGAAAGGAUGUGAAAAAGGUAGACACCAAUCAGAAAAAUGAUCGCAGCCGACAGAGAGAGAACAGCCGUAGCAGAGAUAGAGGGCGGCAUGGCCGUGAUGAUAAAUCUGGUCAUCGGGGGCAGGAGAGGGAGGUUUGUCGCAACUUCCUUCACAACCGGUGUGAUCGUGGGAUUCUCUGCAAAUUUUAUCACCCUAGGUCAUCCAGCCGCUCCCGCUCAGGUCCAGACGAUCGAAAAAGAAGUCCAGUCCGUGCUCCAGGUGAGGAGAGUGCAGACAGAGUUGUAUGCCGCGACUUUAUCCGCAACAUGUGCAGGCGUGGCGAUGAGUGUCGCUUUUAUCAUCCUCCGUCUGAACCUGGAAGUAAAAAACAGCGUAGUUCCUGGCUCACCUUCUGCUAUGACUUCCAAAAUGGACACUGUUCUCGCUCUGACUGCAGGUUCUUCCACAUCACAAAAGAAGAUGAAGAAACAUUCAGGGCAACUGGAGAAAUUGUCCCUCAGGUGGUGGACCAGGCUGUUCGUAAGGCCUUGGUCCUUGAUGUGGCUCUCACUGGCACCAGGCCCACCUGCAAGGAAUUCCUGAAGGGAAUCUGCAAUAUGCAAAAUUGCCGUUUUCGACAUCUAAGUCAGCGUGAAUAUGAAGAUGAAGUUUUUCAUGCCUUGCAAGAUGAGCUUGAGUUUGUGUUGGGUCACCCAGAGAGACGUCCUUCGUCCCCCUCCCGAAAUAUCUAUAGUUCCAUGAGCACUUACCAUGAACCACCAAAGUAUGGUACACCCCCAGUUGACUUCCGUGAUGAUCUGCUUGCCCCAGAUGAUCUACGCACCACACUCUUAUCACAUUCAGAUUUUGAACCCGAGGCAAAAAGGCCAAGGUACUUUGGUGAUGACCCGAUGUUUACCCCUCGAGAUGAUUAUGGUGACAAUCAAAGGAGGUGGGAUGACAGAAUGGACUAUGAUAGAGAAAGACUUGAUUUCAAUUCAAAUGAUUCAGAGAGGAUGUUGCAAGAAAUUUAUAAUUUAAGGAAUGAUAAUAUUGACUUGAGGAGGAAUUUGGAACAAAAAAUUGCUGACCUUAGAGAUGAACUGAACAAUGUAAUGCAAGAAAAUGUCAGCCUUCAACACGAGAACUCAAAACUACGGACAACUGCUAAUGAAGAUGCUUUAAAUCACAAAGCAACUUUGGAAAAGUUAACAGUUGCAAACAACAACUUAACUCAAGAUAGUAGGAAGACUCAGGAAGUUGUUCGACGGCUGGAGCUUGAGAACAGUGAUAUAAGAAAAGCGUUGGAAGUUAAACAAAAAUCAAGUAACGCUCAAUUGGAAAAAAAGUUGGAGGCUUUAGAAAAAGAAGUAAUUCAGGUUCGAGAAUCUUUAACUAAGGCCAAUGCUACAUUGAAAAAGACUCAAGAAGAAAAGGGACAAUUAGAAAACGAACUUCAAGAAUUCAAGAAGAUGCGAGACCAUCCAGCAAACCAGAGAAAAGAUGCCCACCACAACAAUGCUCCAGGGUUUAACCAAAGGAAUGAUUACCCAAGAGAUUCAAUGGGGAAAGGACGACCAGAAGCGGGUCCUCCAGAGGUGCUUUACGGAAACAGAAGAGAUCAAGACAUGCGAGGACUGAAAGCACGAGGUUCAGACCGGUAUGGUUCAGAUGCAUGGGAAUCAGAUAAUAGAGGCCAAUACAACCAAGGUUAUGCAAGAAGGGGACCAGACCCUCUUGUCCCAGAUAUAAGGGGACCAGAUGCUCGUGGCCCAGAUAUAAGGGGACCAGAUGCUCGUGGCCCAGAUAUGAGGGGACCAGAUGCUCGUGGCCCAGAUAUGAGGGGACCAGAUGCUCGUGGCCCAGAUAUGAGGGGACCAGAUGCUCGUGGCCCAGAUAUGAGGGGACCAGAUGCUCGUGGCCCAGAUAUAAGGGGACCAGAUGCUCGUGGCCCAGAUAUGAGGGGACCAGAUGCUCGUGGCCCAGAUAUAAGGGGACUAGACACUCGUGGUCCUGAUAUAAGGGGGCCAGACAGUCGUGGUCCAGAAAUGAGGGGACUAGAUAUGCGGUCCGAUAACGAUCGGUCUCGUAAAUGGCCAACCGGUGGUCCAAAUCAACCUUGGACGUCCCUCAAAAAUCCUAACACUAAUGCUCCAGCAGCAGAUGGUAGCCACCCAAGGUCUCAGAGCUUGCUUGGGGACUACCAGUCUGUGAAUGACCGUAUGAGAACACAGAAUUCUUCUCUUCUUCGAGGGCCCAAUUAUCCUCCUGCUUCAACACCCUCCGGAAUGUCAAACAUGCAUGAAUAUGGUGACAUGUCUCGGUCACAGGGACCUCGUGGUUUGAAGGACCAACUCCAACCAGAGAACCAGUUUUCAUCUCAAAACACAUCACGCUUUGCAGAGAGAGACUAUGGUUUGUCUGGAUAUGACUCGAACAGAAACCAGUAUGGCAGUGUAUCUCGAUCACUUAAUUCAUCAACUCAUUGGCAGCACGGAGGAGGAAAUGAUAUUGGAGAUGGAGGAAGAGGACAAGGAUUAGGAGAGACAUGGAACAGAAGAGGGAAGCCUUUGUCCAACUACUGAUUGUAAAAAUUAAUUUUUACAAUCUCAAAAGUAAUGAUUUAAAUAUAGAACCAUGCUGUGAGUAAUUAAAGACGAAUGGUCUUUCAUAGUUCUUAACUGAUGAAAUUCCAUUUAUUUUAAACUGAAAAUAUUUUGUUAAUUUGGAAGCCAAUUUACAUCGUAAGUCACAACAUUUUCCUGGUACAGUAUGAAGACAGAUAUGGAUUUAUUUGGUACUGGAACCAGUAAAUGCUUAUUGUUUCAAAACUGUAAAAGCACUUUGAAGCACCUCCUAGACCCAGACAAGAACUCCCACAGUUGCUUAAUUUAUAAUACUGGAAACCUAAGUAUAACCAAAUAUCUUGUCGGACCAAUUGUCUGUUGUAAAUAUUAAUGGUAGGUCCCAGCCACUUCCUUCAAUUCCAUUCACAAUAUCUGCACAAACUGUAAUGUUCAAGUAGCUGUACUUUGUUACUCAGACAGGAAAUACUGAAUUCUGUUAAGGGAAAAAAACAAUGCCAUGUUUUCAUACUGUUCAUUAGGCAAUUUUUUUUGCUCUCAGAUACAAUCUUUGCUGUAAUUAGUAGUGUCAGCACCAUUAGUAGACAAUUAUACUGUCAGCAACAUUCUUUGAAGUAAGUUGCAGGCUGUACAUAAGAGUUUAUAAAUACUGUACCAAAUUCAUAUUUUAUAGAUGAAAAAAUGGAAAAAGACCUGCAUUUGUGUCAUACAUUGCUUUUCUUAUGGUCUGGUAUACGUACACAAUUGUAAAUUUAUUGAUUGUGAAGAAAACCAGGUUUAUUACAAAUUGUUUUCUGGAUUAUCUCUAUAAUUGCCUGAUAAGUUUGUUUUUUUCAAUAACAAAUACCCAUUAAGGUUUUUUUUUUACUUGUUAUUGCUAUUAUUAUUAUAAUUUUGAUAUAGUACUUGCACCCAAUAACAUGUUUGUUACUUGUCUUUUCCUUCAUUUUGUGUAAAAAAAAAUAUGAAAAACUAAACAGUAGUUCAGGUACUGUAUUACGCUUUGUUUUUUUACAUUCAGUUCACUUAAAAGAGAAGUAGCUGCUGUGAAUGCCUUUUUUCUUUAAGUUUUGUUAAAAGGUAGAGGAACUUCCUCAGCAUUGAUAGUAAAUAUGUUAGUUUUAGUUAGCAUGAACUACAGUAAGGAGUCAAGCAGCUUUAGUUAUGAUACGUCCCUGUGUUAGUAUGUUUUCCCCCACGUGAUUGAUAAUUUUUGUAUUCAUGAUUGUGAAACUACAGUACCUAAGUUCAUUAAUGAAGUUUAUGGUAUGGCAUUGGAGUGUUUCAUAAUGUAAUAAGAUGAGCUUUUGUCUUGUAAUCCUUUGUACCUAGAUACCUGUGGUGGUGGAAAACAUAUGUUAGUGAUAUUAUUGUGUUUAGUAUGCAUUAGGUUAUGGUGUGUGUGUACAGUACAUAAGAGAACAUUCAUUAAGUAUGAAGUGGUUGUAAUUUAUAAGGAAUAAUGGUUUUACCACAAGGCUGUACAAGUAAUUGUAAGGUUAUUAUUUACACAAGUGUAAGCAUAUCAACUGCUAAAAUUUCCAAAGAAAGAUAGUGUUGGUACAUUUUGUUGAGGCUACUGAGGUUAACUCCAGGGGAGCCAUAGAGGCAUUUGCCAAGAGUUACUGUCACAUAGUAUUGGAAUAAAUGUGCUUAAAUUUUAAGGAUUUA